UUUUGUAAAUGCUUUUGUGGCUCCAACUCUACCAUUUUCGAAUUAGACGUGAAUGAACCAAAACCUUGUGGGCUUUGUACAAAACAGUUCUGUUUGGAAAACGUCAAAGAUGGCAUCUGUGAUGGCAUUGCAGAUGAAACCUGUCCCAGUAACGACUUCAAAACAGCAUGCUUUGCACGCGAUUCCUAUAAAGACGAAAUAAUCGUUCGAUCGUUUCUUAUUAUCACCAUCGGCCUCAUCUCUUGGACACUAAUCAAGCCAUAUAUCGAUAAGUGGAGA